UCUUUCCCGGGGAGCGUGGCGGCUGCGUCACGGGCACCGGACCCUCCGUCCCCAGGGCCACACCGGCGCCCACACGGCACGGCCGGGUACCCGGCCCGUGGUGAGAGGGCGGCGCCAGCCCGCGUCCCCGCCCCUCUCCCGCCACCUUCCCUCCCGGCCCGGCCCUGCGCUGCCCCGGUCCCACGGGCCGCUCGGUCCCAGACCCAGGCCGGGCAGCGAGGCCGGCAUUGCCGCGGGAGCCGUCGGGGACCGGGAGCCCCGCGGGCGGUGGGCGGCAGCGCGGGCGGCGGGCACGGGGACCCCUGCGGACACAGCCUCAGGGGAACCUUUUCUCCUUGACAUUGAAGCUAUGACCCUUCAGAGUUGACCCAGGAAAGAAGAGAUGCAGACCUUUGUUUCUCCAGAUGAGGGUCCCUUCCAAGGACUUGUGGCAUCCCGCAUUGAGACUUACGGGGGCCGUUAUCAGGCCUCCAACCAGGGUUCUGCUGACCAUCUCCAUUCGCAAGUUGCCCCUGGGCUGGAUCCUGGUCGCCGACACCUCCAUGGCUAUGUCCCCUUUGCCAAGGGCUCUGGCCAGGUCCGAGGUGUGUCUCCUCUGAAGAUGCGAGAACCUGAGCCCGAGAAGAAGUAUGGAGGCCCUUUUGGGUCUGGCCCACCACACUCCCCCAAAUUCAAGGAAGUCAGCAAGGCCCGCCAGCUGGAGAUGAGGCUGCAUACAUUCAGCAUGUUUGGGAUGCCCCGCCUGCCCCCUGAGGAACGGCGGCACUGGGAGAUCGGAGAGGGCAGCGACAGCAACCUGGUCAUUGAGAAGUCCUGGAAGGAACUGGUGCCUGGGCAUAAGGAGAUGAGCCGAGAGCUUUGCCACCAACAGGAAGCGCUUUGGGAGCUGCUGACCACCGAGCUGAUCUAUGUGCGGAAGCUCAAGAUCAUGACCAAUCUCCUGACUGCCGGCCUGCUGAAUUUGCAGCGAGUGGGACUGCUGACUGAGGUAUCAGCUGAGACCCUCUUUGGAAAUGUCCCCAGCCUGAUUCGAGCCCACAAGAGCUUUUGGGAGGAGGUGCUGGGGCCCACCCUGGGGGAGACUCGAACCUCAGGCCAGCCUCUGGACCCUGUCAGCCUGCAAAAUGGCUUCUUGACGUUCAGCCAGCGGUUCCAGCCCUAUGUCCAAUACUGCCUACAAGUGAAGCAGACCAUGGCUUACGCCCGGGAGCAGCAAGACAAUAAUCCUCUCUUCCAUGCCUUUGUGCAGUGGUGUGAGAAGCACAAGCUCUCAGGGAGACAGAUGCUGGGGGACCUGCUCAUCAAGCCCCACCAGCGAGUCACCAAGUACCCACUGCUGCUCCAGGCUGUGCUUAAGAGGAGUCCUGAGGCACACGUCCAGGAAGCACUGAGCGCCAUGAUUGCCUCUGUGGAGUCAUUCCUGCGACACAUCAACCAGCUGGUCCACCGGAGCGAAGAGCAAGAGAGCCUGGUGGCUGCAGCCCAACGCAUCGGGCCCUACGACGUGCUGGAGCCGUCCAGCGAGGAGGUGCAGAAGAACCUGCGUCCAUUCUGCACCCUGGACCUGACGUCCCCCAUGCUGGGGGUUGCUUCUGAGUACAUCAGGCAGCUGCUGCUGGAAGGACCCGUGCGAGUGAAGGAGGGGCGAGAAGGGAAGCUGGACGUGUACCUCUUCCUCUUCUCUGACGUGCUCCUAGUGACCAAGCCCCAACGCAAGGUCAACAAAGCCAAGGUCAUCCGCCCCCCACUCAUGCUGGAGAAGCUUGUGUGCCGACCACUACGGGACCCUAACAGCUUCCUGGUGAUCCAUCUCACUGAAUUCCACUGUGUCUCCAGUGCCCUCACUGUGCAGUGUCCCAGUGCUACAGACUGUGCCCAGUGGCUAGAGAAGACCCAGCAGGCCCAGGUCACCCUGCAAAAGCUGAAGGCAGAGGAGUAUGUCCAACAGAAGAGGGAGCUCCUGGCUCUCUACCGGGACCAGGACCAGGAGUCCCCAGGCACCAGGCCCUCCUCACCUUCCCUGGAGGGCUCUCAGAGCAGCGCAGAGGGGAGGACCCCUGAGUUCUCCACCAUCAUCCCCCACCUGAUAGUGACAGAAGACACAGAUGAAGACUCUCUGUUGGUUCCAGAUGAUACCUCAGACUCUGGCUACGGCACCCUGAUCCCAGGCUCCCCCAAAGGGCCCUACCAUUUGAGCCGACUACGCCCACAGGCCCUUCGGCGUGACCCUCGCCUCACCUUCUCCACCCUGGACCUCCAAGAUGUUCCUCUGCGCCCUCAGCCUCCUAACCCCCAAGCUCCCCAACGCCGAAGUGCCCCUGAACUGCCAAGGGAAGUUAUCCAAAGAGGAAGCAGCCUUCCCAGGGGCGAUCCACCAACCUGGUCGGAGGAAGAAGACGGGACCUUAGUGGGAGGGAACGUGGUAGCGGAAACCUUGCAUCGGGCCCAACUUCGGGGAAAGCUCCCCCCAUCCCCGACCCACACAGACUCUGCUGGGGAAAGCCCCUGGGAGUCCUCAGGGGAUGAGGAAGAGGAGUCCCUCUUCCUGGGAACUUGCUGCACCCCCCACUCCCGUACCCUCCGGGCUGAAGAUAUGCUCAGAGAGAUCCGGGAAGACCUGGCCAGCCAAAGGAUCGAGGGCAUCCCAGAGCUUGGGAACAGCAGGCCUUGGAAGCUGACCCGGGGCCAACUGCAGAGGAUGCGUGGAUCCUGCAUCGUACAGCUGGACACCCCCAUGUCCGUGUCAGAGGUGUGAGGAACCCUCAGGACUUUUGGCAUUUCUCCCAGAGGAAAUUUCUCCCCAAGAGUGCUGGUCACCACCCACCCCUGGACUCUACCUCAAGGACCACACCUCUCACUGAGAAGCCUGGCUCAGGCACUCUGCCUCUCCUGCUCUGAGGGCUUUGGGAUCAAGUGCUGUACAUUUUUGUACCGUGGACAUACCAGAGCCCCACAUAAAGUCGUGCAUAAAAAUGACUGCCUGGU